AUGGAGUCCCAGCUACAGCAGGCGGUCGAGAUCGCCCUCCUGGGCACGCUGGACCCCCACCUCAAGCAGCAGGCGAUGGCGUACUGCGAGGAAGUGAAACUGCUGGCCGAGGGCUACGCCGCCGCCGUCGGCAUCCUCUCGCAACCGGAGGCGCCGAUGCCCCUCCAGUUCUUUGUCUACCAGGUGUUGGAGAGCCACCUCGAGCAGCUCGACGCCGCCGCCUUGCUCAAAUUGUACCAUACCCUCCGGGCCCACCUCGCCCAGCGGCUCGAGCUUGCCAGCGAAGACCCCGCCUAUUUGAAGAACAAAUUGGCGCUGUUGUUUGCCGACUUGUUCCUCAAGCUCUACCUCCAGCUGUACCCGCAGUUUUUGAGUGAUUGGCUCGAAGUGUACGCCACGGGAAAACCCAGAGCCGUCGACUACUACACGCGGACGUUGCUUGCCAUCCACACCGAAAUCGGCGACAAAUUUAUUCUGCGGCUGCGACCGAACCAGGAGCUUAUCGGAGCGGUGAAAGACCAGAUCAGAACCAUGGAUAUGGACCGGUUGGUGGCGCUGUGGCACGAGAUCCUCCAGGGCGGGCCUGACCGCUGGAGCGACGAUAUCAUCGUCAACACUUUGGAUCUCGUGGGGCUGUACGUGCUGUGGAUGGAGAUCUCGUUGUUUGUUAAACCCGAGGUGGUGACGACGAUCUUUGGCUAUCUUAGAGUCCACUCCGCCCGUAAUCAGUGCUGCGUGUGUGUCUCGGAGAUUGUGGCCAAGAAGAUGAAACCCACGGCCAAAUUGGAGUUGGUAGCGAUGCUUGAUUUAACCACUACUCUUAAUCUGAUCGGCGUUGACGAUAACCAGGACGUGACGUUUAUGGAGAACUUGGCCCGUCUUAUUAAUCAGAUGGGGCUAGAACUUGUCGGCUGCAUCGACACGCUGCCCGACCUCAUCGACCAGGUGCAGCCGCACCUAUACAAGAUGUGGCCACUUGCGCUUUUCCUCUUAGGGCAUGAGUACGACGACGUCACCCAACAAGUAUUCCCCUUCAUCCAGGCGUUUUUGGUUCUGGCCAAGAAACAGCCGGCCCUCCAAGACCGUCAGUUACUUCUGGAGCUUCUAAACAAAGUGGUGCUCAAAAUGAAGUACGACGACGACGACGACGGCGACAGCGACGACGACGGCCUCUUCCACGAAGUGAGAAAGCGCCUCAAGACGUUCCAGGACCUGAUCGCGAUGAUCCUGCCCGACCUCUACAUCGAGGCGUUGCCCAUCGUCAUCAACGAGCUGUUGUUUGCCCUGCACGACGACUGGCGCAAAGCGGAGCUUGGCCUCUACCAGUUGACGAACUACGGCGACCUGCUCCGGACGAACGGCCUCGGGCUCGCCACCGUGACCGAGCUGCCGGCGUAUUUCACUUACCGCGAGUUUAUGGUGCGCUUAAUCCACCUGGACGUCAUCGUCCAAUUGCGCCACCCGAAAGUGCAGUUGGCGUUUUUCGAUAUCGUGGUGAAACAUUUCGCCUUUUUGCAUCCCCUGCCCAAAGAACGGCCGGGGCUUAUCACAAGGGUCCUCGAGAUCUUUAUGCUGGAUGUCGCCGUGUUUUCCGGCGACUCUAAAGUGAGAUUGCGAGCGUGGUACUGCUUCUACCGGUUCCUCAAAACCACUAAACCCACCGGGGUCACGGCGCUGUUUGUCGAAGAGUUGACGGUGAAAUUGCUGCCCCUUCUCAAAAUCGAGGCCCGCCCCUUGGAGGAAAACGAGGUCAAUCUGGAGCUUUCGGGCCAGCUCUACCUCUUGGAGCUGGUGGCGCUUCUUGCCGCGCUUCUCGGCAGCCACCAGGAGCUGGAAAAGGUGGCGUUGCUCAACCACAUUUUGUCGCCAUUAUUCGCCGACUUAGAAGCUGCGGUGACUAGGGGCGACGACUUGGCGAUGCUCCAGGCUCAGGACGAUAUCGUCGCCAUCGGCACCGUCGCUAAAGGGUAUGAUGACGGCGAAAAUGAGGCGCCGGAAAGCGUCAUCGCCAAGUUUGGCGACGCGGCGCUGGCGAUCACCAUCACGUUGGAACGGAUGCCGAAACACCAAGGGGUGCGUAAUGCCGCUAGAAUGACGUUCUCGCGGCUAUUACCCAUCUUACGCGGCCAGAUUACCGCUCCUUUGCUGAAAUUGGUGGCGGUGAUCGUCGGUGCUCCUGACCUCGAGCUUUUGGAGCUUGCGGACUUUUUGCUGUUCUUGGGCCAGUUAUCGCACGCGUUCAAGAAGAACCCCGAGCUCUACUCGUUGCUUAAUAACGUGCUUUCUCCGGUAUUCGCCAAAGUGUUGCUGAUGGCAAAAACGAGCGACGACGACGCCCUCAUCGCCGACGUCCACCGCGACAAGCACACCCUCAAGCGGCUGUUGAUUCUGUUGCUUUCAGGGCUCGUGCUCAACCACCAGGCGCUGUUGUUGGUGCUGGAGCUGAACAAGCAGCAGUUCCCCGUGGUGCUUGACGCGCUUUUGGAGUGGGCCCGCGACGUCGCCGGCGACGGCAACACCGCCAAGAUGGCGGUUACUCAGUUGGCCAACUUGGUCCAGAUCUUUGGUGGCGCCGGCGGCGCGCUCGACGAUAAGCUCGACCCGGGCGCGGCGCUGGUGCCUCCCCUCGACGGCAUCGACCAGUUUUUGACCGAGCGAGUGACGCUGCUUUCGUUUGAGGUGCCGUUCCUGGCUAGCUUCAACGCCGACGACGCCCAGCACCGGCUCGUCGCCCAGGAGAUCGCGUUCUUGCUCAAGCUGAUGUAUGACAAGCGCGGCGACGACUACUUGGGGUACUUGCGCAACUACUUGGCGACGAUGGGGUUGCCCCUGGAGUACACGGACGACUUGUGUGUCAACUUGGCCAAGAGCGACGUCAAGGGGUUCAAAAAAUACUUUGUCACCUUUGUCCGUCAGUUAAAGUGA